AUGCGGUCGUCCACGCGUUCUCCUCCCUCUCAAAACGCUUCGAAUCGCGACGACGAGAGCGAGAGCACUACUGCGCUUCCGCACGUCGGCACCAACCACGACGGAUCGAGAAUCAUCCUCAACCUCGAUGUGCGCGCGAAAAGAAACGAGUGCGUUUUCCCGCGUUAUCCAAAAUGGGUGAUUGCAUUUCUCCAAAAGAAAACGAACGAACCGGAAGACGCGUGGGUCGUUCUGACGUUCCUCGAGUGUUUCCUCCUCGUGGUGGUACCAGGAGUGAUGCUCUUUUUCGUCGAUACGAACGAGAAGAAGAAGACGCGCCGCUCGUUUUGGUACGGGCUCGUGUGGUUCGUCAUCACGCGAGCUCUGUUUUUGCAAAGAUUCACCUUGGCCUUGCACUAUCACACGCACGUGAACGCCGUCCGGGCGAAGAAGAGCGAACACUUUAAACGAUGUUUAAACGCGAUACCGACGUUUAUCAUAGCGCCAUUUUUCGGUAUUCCGGCGGGGAUAUACUGGUACCAUCACAACGCGAUGCAUCACGUGCACGGGAACGCGGCGUACGCGGAUUUGAGUUCCACCGAACGCUCGAGAAGAGACUCGGCGUUUGAUUUUUUCAAGUAUUGGAUGCGAUUUCUGUUUUUGGCGCCGAUUGAGUUAUCGAUGAACAUGCUGAAAUAUCGAGGGUUGGUAGAUGCGGUGCGAUGUUAUUCGAACGUAGCUGGGAGUUUUGCGGCGUGGUGGUAUCUGAAUGCAAACGUGAACGCCUCCGCGGCGAAUUGGACGCUCGCGUAUACCCACGUGAUCGCGAGCUUGGGAUUGAUGUUCGGGAACUGGUCGCAGCACAUAUUCGUGUGCCCGGACGACCCCAGGAACGAUUAUAAAAGCACGUAUACGUGCAUUAAUUCGUUCGAGAAUCAAAAAACGUUCGACGAUGGGUAUCACGUGCAACACCACGUGGACAGUCGAAUGCACUGGUCGACGUUUGCGAGCAAUUUUAGCCGAAAGGAAACGUUAGAGAAGCACGCGCAGGAAGACGCGUUAGUGUUUGAAGGGGUGCAUUUUUUCGACGUCGGCUUGUGCGUUAUGCUGGGCAAGCUGGACUAUUUAGCGGAGAGGUACGUUUUUUACGGACAAAAGAAAAGAACGAAGGAGGAAAUCGUGAUGGAGUUGAAGAGGCGCUUAGAGCCGAUUGAAUACGACAUCAAGCGAAGAUGA